AUGCCGUCGGCCGCCACCCGUUCGUCAUCCAUGGGUGCCGGCGACAUUGAGUUCGCCCUCGACCUCGAGGACAUCGCCGCCCGCGCAGCCAAAGCGGACUGCAUCGGCGCGCUCGCCUGCGGCCGCACAAGCUUCUCCUACCACCGCCUCCCCGAGCCGCCCCUCCGCCUCACCGUCCGCAAGCUCGACGAUUCCUACUUCGGUGUGCAGGUCGCCAGGUCGGCCGCUGUGUGGGAGCUCAAGGCGGCAAUACAAGGCGUGUUCAUCGCUCUCUACAAUGACAUGGAGAAUGCUGUCACUUGGCAGCACGUGUGGAGCCACUUCUGCUUAUGCUUCAAGGAUGAGAAAAUGACGGAUGACAGGGCAACCUUGCGUGCAUUUGGUAUAAGAGAUGGUGAUGAGCUCCAUUUCGCCCAGCAUCUCUCCGUUGACUACAGCCCUUGCAAGAGUUCAAAAAGUCAAAGGGCAACAUCUCACAGAAGGUCAAGGACUUCAGUGGAAGGUUUUAGUGUCAGACCACGGAGUUUGAUGGAUGAUCUGAUCGAAGAAGAUGAGGCCGAGAAGAAGCUUGCCGCUACUAGGCAUUCAACCAGUAUUCUGGAUGAAGAUUUUUGUGUUUAUGAGCACCACGAGCAGCACGUGGAGGAAGAUCGUAAGAAAGGAAUCUCUGUUCGCGGUUGGUUCUCAUAUUCUAGAUUGAGGGGUAACAGGAGAACACACUCCGAGAAUAUUGAGCAACCCUCUUGCGAAAAGGGCAGUCGACCAAAGCUAGGGAAAUGGCUGUCUUCCAAAAUGUCGAAGGCCCGGAGUAAAUGA